ACCCCCGGGAGCGGGACCCUGGCGUCUGGUCGCCCAGCCUUGUUCAGGCUUGGGCCCGCAUGGAGGGGACUGUGGAGUCCCAGACGCCUGACCUCCGAGACGUGGAGGGCAAGGUGGGCAGGAAGACCCCCGAAGGGCUGCUCCGCGGGCUGCGAGGCGAGUGGGAGCCGGGAGCCUCUGGCGCCCUGCUCCUCCCGGGGGAGCCUAGCACGGGCCACAGCCUUGGGGACAAGAUCGUGGCUCUGAGGAUGGAGCUGGCUUACCUGAGAGCCAUUGACGUGAAGAUCCUGCAGCAGCUGGUGACCUUGAAUGAGGGCAUCGAGGCGAUACGCUGGCUGUUGGAGGAGCGGGGCACAUUGACCAGCCAUUGCAGCAGCCUCACCAGCAGCCAGUAUAGCCUGACAGGCGGGAGCCCAGGCCGCUCAAGACGAGGCAGCUGGGACAGCCUGCCAGACACCAGCUUCACUGACCGGCUGGACAGUGUCUCUAUUGGCAGUUUCCUGGACACGGUGGCCCCCAGCGAGCUGGUUGAACAGGGCCCCCCAGGGGCUCCCCGUCCUCAGAUGGACUGGGCAAAGGUUCUACCUGGUGGGGGGAGGGCCAGGAUUGAGGUGGACCUGAUAGCCACCAGGCUAGGGAGCUUGAAGGCUGUGCAGAAGCCUCCAGGGGAGGGGCUCCAAGGUGGACCACCUGAGUCACCAGAGGACAAGAGUGCCAAGCUGGGCUUCGAGGACCACUGGUACUGGGGGCAGUGCCAGGAUGAUGUGACCUUCUUGUAACAACUUUCCCACCCUUUUGUACUUCUGUGGCUCUUUCAUCCCUCAGCCCUGGUCUCCCUCAAAAUUUAUUCUCCCUCAAUCUGGGACUAGGAAGAGGCUGUACUGAAAUUAGUUACCACGGAAACCUGGCUCUCUCCUGGUCCCUAGGGAGUCUCUGCCUUUAUCCUUUAUUUAGCAAGUCACUACAGCUAUUUCCAUAGAAAUAGUGACUCUAGAGGCUUGGCCUAUGGCUCCUAACAUAGUGGUAGCUCUCCCCUCUCCCUCCUGACUAGGUAAGGAAUUUAGGACCCCCAGGAGAUCACUGAUAAAGAGAUGGGGGUGUAAAUACCUCACCCAAAUUCUAGAAGCCUUGGCCCCCAUUUUGGCCAAGAUCUAGGAUUGAGAAGGGACAUGGACAUUCCCAGAAGCCUUUGGGGUUGGUAGGCCCACCCCUUCAUAUCUGCUGAGUGAUGUCAUUUCCUGCCAGGAUGGACUAGCCCUUCCUCGGUGCCAGUCCUUGGGUGGUGAUAGAACGGUAUAGGAGUGUCUGAGCCCCUGCUUCUAAG